AUGAAGCUUCAAGACAUUGCGCAACGACCUAUCAGACUCGACCGCCAGGAAAUAUCUGGAUUUAGUAAGAUCGCGACACUGAAGAACUGGACCCAAGGCACAUCCCCAACUGAUAACUCGGCAUAUAAUGUCCUGAUCGCGUCUUCUAUCCGGAACACAGAAGUCCCGACUGACAAGGCCUAUGCCCUGAUGGGUAUUCUCAAUGUCAGGUUCCCCGCCUUUCCAGCUGAAGGAUUGCCCAGGGCUCUGAGCCGACUAUUCGAUGAGAAAAUCAUUGUUUCCAAUGAUAUAUCUAUCUUCAAUUGGUCUGGCAAGUACUUUGGCAGUGCCAUACAGGGUCGCUCGCUGUAUCCUUCUUGUAUUGAGGCAUAUCAAAACCAUGCGGCGGUUGCGUCACGACCCGGGGAUAGAGACAUUAACAAGCUGGUGCUUGAUAUAUCUGGGAGUGACCGACCAAAAAAGGAGAGGAUUAUCAAGUUGAUCGUCGGGAUACUAUUGAAUGACAUGUUUAAAUUGGUCAAGGCGAUGGAUUACAAAGCUCUUCAUGAUGGAUUUAUUGAGGUUUUCGUUCAGCUUAUCACAUCGAUAAGGCUACUGCCACUUGAUGAACUUGAAAAAGUGAAUGAGGAGCUAGGAGAUCUUCAAAGCAAAAUCAUGGAUUUGAGCGAGAGUUAUGAGAAGGAGAAACGAAACAAAAAGCAGCAUCGACAUGAUUCAGAGGAGAAUAUUUCAGGCAGCCCCAAUGAGUGUCAGAAAGACGAGGUUCGACCACAUGUGGAAGAAGAAGAGUCACAGAGAAAUACUCAAUGUGAGAUUCAGCCUACUGCUGAGAACAAUGCUUCAUGCAGCCCCAAUGAGUAUCAGGAAGACAACAUCGAGCCACCCCGGGAAGAAGAGGGUUCACAGAAAAAGGGGAGUCGAUUGGGGAUCAGAAGGAAAGUAGCCAAAAUGACCAGCGAACUUUCCGCGCCGAUGAACAAAUUAGUAAAAAACGAAUCGCCUUUAUCGCUUCUUGAUAAGCUGAAGGCCAAGAAAACACCUGAGACCCCCAAGGAGCCCAGUGAAUUCGAGAAGAAAAUGUCGGUUUUCAGAAAUGAGUUAGAAGAGAUUGAAAAACGUCUGAAUGGGAUGAAAAAAGUGUCACCUGAAGCAGACGAACACAGUAUCUCAUUCACAGUUACCGACUCCAUUCGCAAGCCUCUGGACUUUACUGCGCUUGAAUCAAAAUGCCACAAUCCUAUUGUUAUCAGCAGCUCCGGGAUAAGUGGGACAUUUGACAUCCAGCGUAUUUUUGUGACCAUGCUAGAUCCAAAACAGCUUCGUGCACAGAUCAAGAAAUCAGUUAGCGGCCAAACUAUUGAGGGUUGGUGCACUGUCAGUACGGGGUUUGCCUACCUUCUUGUCAACUUCAAUUGUGAAAAGGAUAUCCUGGAACAGCAGCUGGACAUGAGCGAGGUCAUUCAAGAGACUCUUCUGAAGGACCCAAGGACAGAAUUAAUUCUUGAUUAUCCACUUGAUGAAACAUCCAGCAUUAUAACAUCAACUCCCUUGGGCGAAACUAUGGAAAAGGUCAAAGAGAAGCAAAAGGAAAAACAGGAUGACUCCUCAAUCUCUGGAGAGGCAGGAGGAAUAAAAAAGGAGCAAAGUGACGCCCAGAGACUUCUCGUAAAGUGCAUCGAUAUGAUUCAAGAACCAGACCUUCAUGCUGUGGCAGGAGAGUGGGUUCUAGCUCGAUUCUCCGAUGUCCCAGCAGCAGAAUGGUUCUUGGGUCGACUGGAGCUGGGUACAGGCAACAAAUUUUACGCCCGACGAAUUUCAACCGAUGGGUUCACAUUUGCAAAUGCGAUUCCGUCAAAAGGUCUUACAGAGUACUGGGAGCAGGUGAUGAUGGGAAAGAAGGAUAUUGCGUGUGAUGCUCUGCUAUAUGCUAUGGAAUCAAAGCGUAUGCGUCACGAUGCAGAUAAUUACGUCAAGGGUAAGGAGCAAAAAGACACUGAAAGCUCAAAAGGGAGUGAUUCGCAGGCUCGCACAUCUUUGAUUCCUACCGUCAUUCAAAAAUUGGCAAAAGGCGCUGCUCGACUGGGUGCCUGGAGUAUUCAUCAAAUCGCAGACGAUAUGAUAGAAAAUGUCGAUUCCUACUCGCUGAAGAACGUCCCUUCUCAGCUACACUCUGCUGUUUUAGCUCUGGGCUCGACAGAUUUGGAGGGAUUGAAGCCGGCUAUGUUCCGUUCUGGAAUUAACAUCCAUAUGUUCUGA